UGAAGAUCAUUCUUUACAUGGGAAGUGUCUCUGAAUGGAGGAAUCCAGCCAGUAACAGAGAAGCAUUUCUGAGCUCUUCUGGCACCGUCUACAACUACAGGGAUAUUUGGCAUAGUGGAUACAAUUGUAAUACAGUCAGAAAGGCUUUCCUGUAGUAUUAGAACUGGUAAUGCAUUAAAGUAGCAUAGUAACACAAGCUAGGUACUUGAGACAUACAGUCGGGGAUGUCUAUAUAGCUGGUUGGAGGAUGACCAUGACUGGCUGCUGGAGGUGUAUGGACAUCAUCGACCUGAAUUGAUUAUAGAUAGUGUAUAGUAGACACUGGACUCAAGAUAUAUCAGACCGAUGCAGAAUAUACUGGAAGUUGUACUUCAUCGACUGGGGAGAAAGAAUUGGGAAGAAGAAGAUUGCGGCAUACAGUAAGAUGCAGGAAGCCUUAGAGGUGGCCUUUCCAACCAAGCAAGAAGAAGAUGAAAAAGACCAGCCGGCCGAAAUGGAAUAUCUGAACUCUCGCUGUGUCCUCUUGACCUACUUUCAUGGAGACAUUGGAGCGGUCGUCGAUGAACAUUUCUCUAGGGCCUUGAGUCAAAUCAGAAACUUCAAUCCAGAAAACACAGCCACAAAGAACAAAAUAGGAACAAGCCGAGAGAGUCCGUCAUCAUCAUGUCAAAGGACUAGUUUACCUCCGUCACUGUGGACAAGCUCAUAUCAAUCGUCACCACCAACUUGCUUGAGCGGAGCUCAUCCAGACUUUACAACAACAGCCACUGGCACUCCGGAACCUAGCAGCUGGCCUGGAGAUAACGUUCACCAGACUAUCCCGCAUCCUCCUCCAGAAUCCUGGCCUUAUCCAUUAGCCUCACCAACCAGUUCUCCAUAUGCGCACAUGCAUGAUGUUUACAUGUAUCACCACCAUCCACAUAUGCAUCACCACCAUCACCAUCAUCACCCUGGCUCCCAUCUAGACCCACGAUAUGGACCUCUUCUAAUGCCCUCGGUGCGCACAGCCAGGAUUCCUGCACCGCAGUGUGAUGUAGCUAAAACAGAACCGAGUACCACAAUGGCUUCAACAGCUUGGGCUGGGGCAUUCCAUGGCACAGUGGACAUCGUACCAGGUUUUGGCUUUGAGACAGGGAACAGCUUUACAGCCUAAAUGGACAAGGACAGUACAACUGCAAAGAGCGUCUGAUCCAGGAUAUUAACAAGCUUCACUUUUUGUGUCUGGGAGAAGACAUGACCUAAAAGGACUUUAUGAUUGUAUUUUCGUAUACGAAACCAAAUACCAAUUUUCAUGUAAAUGUUUUGUAUGUCAUCUUUUGUUAAGAUUUUGAGCAAAACAUUCUGUGAAUAAUUAUAAA